GUUGUGAUUAAAGACCACAAUCUCUCUCUUUCUUGCCCCUCUCUCAAGCAUGUCUUCAGAGCAUGUCAAAGACCCUUUUGUUAAAAGAGAACUAACUUUAAGUGAUCAUGGUACCAUUAUGGGACUGAUUGACAAAGAUAUAGCUCCAAAAUAUGGAGAAUUGGCAGUACAAUUCCGUAUCCCUCAGGGCACAAUAGAAACCAUAGCCUACAAUAACAGAAACAACUCAGCAUGGCAUGGACUAAAUGAUGUUGUUGCUGAUUGGCUGAGAGGAAAUACUACAGUCUAUGAUGAAGGAGUUAAAGCUAAUGUAAGGUGGCUGUAUGAUGCUGUAAGAGCAGUAAAUAAAACACUUGGAACAAAAAUUGCCAAAGAGUAUGAGAUCCCAGAACCAUAAAACUGCUGCUAUGUGAAGCUGUUGUAUUAAAAACACUGUAGCUAUACAAGUAUACAAAAAGAUUAAUAUAUAAUAGACUAUUAGCCAAGCUUUCAAUGUUCCUCAGUUCAAUCUUUUCUUUCAUUCACUCUAUCUUCCUCAUAAUUAGAACACUGCUA